AGUUUGGGGUGUUGCCAUCUCAUUCAUCUAGAAACCUCCAUCGUCACAAGAAGCACUGGUAUUUCCUUUAACACAUCUACCUAAAUUCAUAAACAUGUCUUACUGUAAAGUUCUCCCCGCUGUGGCCAGAGUGAGGCCGGCUCGUGUGUUUGGCGCGAGGCUUCGCUCCACAGCAGCAGCAUCCACGCAGCACAAAGAGCAGAAGAGCGAAGACGCGCCGCUGGCUCCGUCCUGCACGGUGCUGGAGAAGCCCUGCGAGGUGGACCUCAUCCGCCGCAAAGCGCACACGGAGCGCUUGAGGAUCUCCAUAGACUUCGACAACACACAAGAAGCCUACAAGAGCAAAGACACGCUGGAGCUCCUCAGGAGUCUGCUGGUCUUCAAACUCUGCACCUUUGACUUCCUGGUUGACAAAAAUAAAGAGUUGACGGACCUCAGCAGGAAGGUUCUUGGUCAGCAGCUCUUCGAGAAACUGAUGAAAAUGACCUUCUACGGCCAGUUUGUGGCAGGCGAGGACCAGAACGCCAUCAAACCUCUGAUCGAGAAGAACCAGGCGUUUGGUGUGGGUUCAGUGCUUGACUACAGCGUGGAGGAGGACCUGACUCAAGAAGAGGCUGAGAAGAAGGAGAUGGACUCCUGUGUUUCUGAGGCUGAGAAAGAGAGUCAUGGUAUGGAUCAUCGUGAGAAGAAGUACAAAGCUCAUCGUCAGUUCGGAGAUCGGCGUGGAGGAGUGAUCAGCGCUCGCACGUAUUUCUACGCAGACGAGGCCAAGUGUGACCAUCACAUGGAGACCUUCAUCAACUGCAUCAAAGCUUCUGCUGGAAGCUCUGUGGAUGGAUUCUCGGCCAUUAAGAUGACGGCACUGGGCCGGCCGCAGUUCCUGCUGCAGUUCUCCGAGGUCCUGGUGAAGUGGAGGAGGUUCUUCAAUCUGCUGGCGGCUCAUCAGGGGAAGGACGGCAUGGCGAUACUCGAGCAGAAGCUGGAGCUCGAACAGCUGCAGGACAGUUUGAUCAAGCUGGGAGUUGGUGCAAAAUCAGACAUUGAGAACUGGUUUACUGGAGAGAAACUGGGUUCAUCAGGAACCAUUGAUCUGUUGGACUGGAACAGCCUCAUCAAUGACACAACCAAGAUCUCCAACCUGCUGGUGGUGCCCAACAUGGAGAGCGGUCACCUGGAGCCUCUGUUGAGCAAAUUCACUGAUGAAGAGGAGAAACAGAUGAAGAGGAUGCUACAGAGAAUGGACGUCCUCGCCAAGCACGCUGUGGAGAACGGCGUGAGGCUGAUGGUGGACGCAGAACAGACGUAUUUUCAGCCGGCCAUCAGCAGACUCACACUGGAGAUGCAGAGGAUCUUCAACAGAGAAAAACCCAACAUCUUCAACACCUACCAGUGCUACCUGAGAGAGGCGUAUGAUAACGUGUCGGUGGAUGUGGAGCUGUCGCGGCGGGAGGGCUGGUACUUCGGUGCCAAGCUGGUCAGAGGAGCGUACAUGUAUCAGGAGAGAUCUCGCGCGGCAGAGAUCGGAUAUGAAGAUCCCAUCAACCCUGACUAUGAGGCCACCAACAGGAUGUACCACAAGUGUCUGGAGUACAUUCUGGAGGAGAUCAACCACAACAGGAUGGCAAACGUCAUGGUGGCGUCUCACAACGAGGACACAGUCAAAUUCACAUUGGAAAAAAUGAACGAGAUGAGUCUCUCUCCCACCGAGAAUAAGGUUUACUUUGGACAGCUGCUGGGAAUGUGUGAUCAGAUCAGCUUCCCGUUGGGUCAGGCGGGAUUCCCGGUGUACAAGUAUGUGCCGUACGGCCCGGUGAACGAGGUCAUCCCGUACCUGUCUCGCCGAGCGCAGGAGAACCGCGGCUUCAUGAAGGGUUCGCAGCGAGAGCGCAGCCUGCUGUGGAAGGAGCUCAAGCGCAGACUCUUCAGUGGACAACUGCUCUACAAACCUGUCUACUAAACCACAGCAUCAACAUCAGCUGCAGUUAACACGUGGACCUCUUUCUCUACCGCAGAGCAGUACCAUGUUAGUGAGGGAACAUCAUCACAGAAUGGACUUUUUAUAGGAUUUAUAGAUUGGCAUCAGUGGCUGUAAAAUAAACUGGAGUUAAAGACAGUAUGAAAUUGCAUUUGCAAUGCCUUUAACUUCUGCAAUAUGACGUGAAACAGAAAGUGAGACAAUGGAACUUUAUCUGAUGAAAAGCAAA